UCCCUCUCUCUCACUCUCUCUCUUUCUCUCUCUCUCCCUCUCAGAACUUUUUUUUUUUGCUUUUUUAAAAUGGUUUAGAAAGAGAGGGAAUAAGCAUUUUCAGUCUGGUCGGGAUGCAGGAGUGUCAUAGCCUGAGGGUAGGAAGGAGAGGCGCUUUGAUUUAACCCAUCGGGGUCCUCUGCACCGACGCCCCCCCCCCCCCCAAACUCCCACCCCUCCCGCCACAGAGCCGCUGACAGAGGGGGGUCGACUGCGCGCUCCGCUACAGGGUGAGAGGGAAGGACUCUGCUGUUACUGUUAUUAAUAUUUGGUAGUUUUUUUUGCGCGUGUGCGUUUAUGGCUGCGUUGAGGGAUCCCGUCGCCGUGUGGAGCUGCCUCCUGGCGCUCUGCGUUCACGUGCGGCCGGCCGGCUGCUGGCCCGCCCUGCAGCAGCAGCAGCUGCAGCUGCAGCAGCCGCGCGCGCCGCCGCCGCGCCUCAACCUGUCGGAGAGCGCUGAGGGCAAGGUGGAGCGGCUGGGCCAGACCUUCAAGCGCAGCGUGCGGCUGCUGCGGGAGAGGAGCGCCCGGCUCGACCUGGUCUUCCUGGUGGACGAGUCGUCCAGCGUGGGCGCCGCCAACUUCCAGAGCGAGCUGCGCUUCGUCCGCAAGCUGCUGUCCGACUUCCCCGUGGUGCCCUCGGCCACCCGCGUGGCCCUGGUCACCUUCUCGUCCAAGACGCACGUGCUGGCGCGCGUGGACCACGUCUCCGCACCCCGCUCACACCAGCACAAGUGCUCCCUCUUCAACCAGGAGAUCCCCGCCAUCACCUACCGCGGCGGGGGCACCUACACCAAGGGGGCUUUCCAGCAAGCUGCGAAAAUAUUGAGUCACUCGCGUGAGAACGCCACCAGGGUGAUCUUCCUCAUCACGGACGGGUACUCCAACGGCGGGGACCCCCGGCCCGUGGCCGCCCUGCUGCGGGCCCAGGGGGUGGAGAUCUUCACCUUCGGGAUCUGGCAGGGCAACAUCCGGGAGCUGAACGACAUGGCCUCGCACCCCAAAGAGGAGCACUGCUACCUGCUGCACAACUUCGCCGAGUUCGAGGCGCUGGCCCGUCGCGCAUUGCAUGAAGAUCUCCCGACGGGCAGCUACAUCCAGGACGAGGCGUCGCGCUGCUCGUCGCUGUGCGAGGAGGGCCGGGACUGCUGCGACCUGAUGGCCAGCUGCAAGUGCGGCACGCGCACGGGCCAGUACGACUGCGUCUGCGAGAAGGGCUACUACGGCAAGGGCCUGCGGCACGAGUGCACAGCCUGUCCUCCUGGUACAUAUAAGCCCGAGGGCUCACCUGGAGGGCUGGGUACCUGUAUCCCCUGCCCCGAUGAGCACCACACCUCCCAGCCUGGCAGCACCUCCACUAAAGACUGCGUCUGCAAACCUGGGUACAGCCCAGCGGGCAAGACCUGUGAGGUGGUUCACUGCCCAGAGAUUUACCCACCAGAAAAUGGCUUCUUCAUCCAGAAUGCGUGCAACAACCACUUCAACGCUGCCUGUGGGAUUCGCUGUAAGCCUGGGUUCGACUUGGUGGGCAGCAGCAUCCGCCUGUGCCAGCCCAACGGUGGCUGGUCGGGCUCAGAGCCCAGCUGCAGAGUCCGCACGUGUCCCCCGCUCUCUCCACCUCGGCACGGGCGCAUAAACUGCACGGAGGGCAGCGCCUCCUACAGAACGAGGUGCGAAGUGCGCUGUGCCGCGGGGUACAAGCUGGAGGGCAGCACGCGGCUCACCUGCCAGGCCAACGCCCAGUGGAGCGGGACCCAACCUCGGUGUGUGGAGAUCCGCUGUCCUCCGAUGAUGACUCUUAAAAAUGUACUGCUGUCGCCCCCUACCUGCGGAGAGAAGGAUGUGAAGGCCGGCACGGUGUGCCAGCUGGCCUGUCGCCAAGGUUACAGGCUCCUGGGAGACCUGGAGGUGCGGUGUCUUCCCUCAGGAGACUGGAGCACCAGUGUGCACAAGGCAACCUGUAAAGACCUGGAGCCUCCUCAGAUCACCUGCCCCAGGGACGUCAUGGCGGAGACAGCGGAGCACCACGGCUCGGCCAACGUCAGCUGGGACGCUCCAAGGCCCCAGGACAACUCUGGGGAGGAGGUAGUGGUUCAGAUGACUCCGAUCUUCACCCCUCCUCAGAUGUUUCCCAUCGGAGAGGAGAGCAUCACGUACAUGGCCACCGACGGUUCAGGAAACAGGGCUAACUGCUCCUUCACUGUCAGGGUCAUAGAUACGGAGCCGCCUGUGAUUGACAGGUGCAGAUCCCCACCCCCUUUCCAGACUACAGAGACGGAAACUGUUGUUGUGUGGGAGGUGCCUCAGUUUUCAGACAAUUCAGGGGGCCCACUGAAGAUCUCCAGCACCCACUCCCCAGGGUCUGUGUUCCCAACGGGAGAGACUGUGGUGCGAUACACAGCCACUGACCCUUCCGGAAACAACCGCACCUGUGACCUGCAUGUCAUCAUUCAAGGGUCCACAUGUGAGCAGCCCUUUGAGCCUGUGAAUGGGGAGUUCUCCUGUACAGAGGAGGACGGGGGUGUCAACUGCACCCUGCACUGUAAGGACGGGUACAGCUUCACCCAAGAGUCCGUCCAGAGCUACUUCUGCGCCAACAAUGGCUUGUGGAACCCGCCAUACUCUUCAGACCAGACCGACUGCUCCUUGAACCGCAUCGCUAAUAACGGCUUCAAGCCCUUUGAAAUGCUGUUCAAAGCCUCGCGCUGCGAUGACCAGGACCUGCUCAAGUCCUUCACCGGGGACUUCAACACCGCGCUGGGCGGAACGAUCCCAACAUUCUGCAGCGGUGAUGAUAUCUCCUGCAAGCUGGAGAUGAUGUCACAGGGCCAAUGCCUCGAGUACAACUAUGAUUAUGAAAAUGGAUUUGCCAUCGGUCCUGGAGGUUGGGGCAGUAACUGGGGGCCCCAGGACGGACAGGAGUAUGCAUAUUUUGACGUGGGCUUUGCCACUGACCGCCAACCAUCCAAGCAACAGCAGGGUGUCACCACCCAAAGGACCCACCCACUGAGGACUAAACGGCACCGCAAGCCAAUCGGACCCACCCGGGACCAGAAGAUCCAGAUCUUCUUCAACAUCACAGCAAGCAUUCCAUUGCCCUUGUCGAGGAACGACUCGGCGGAGGUGGCCAAUCAGAAGCGGUUGCUGCGGACGCUGGAGCAGCUGACCAAUCGGUUGAAGAGGACGCUGAGCAGGCAGCCCCUGUCCACCUUCAACAUUGCGUCGGAGAUGAUCGUGGCUGACCCAAAGUCCCUGGAGAGUCGAAAAGCCUCCUUGUACUGCAGGCCGGGGUCCGUGCUGAACGGACGGAUGUGUGUUCAAUGUCCAAUUGGAACGUACUACUCCCUGGAGUACACCACUUGCGAGAGCUGCUGGAUUGGCUCCUACCAGGACCUGGAGGGCCAGAUGGAGUGCAAAGUGUGUCCAGAUGGGUUCUCCACAGCCUAUCUGCACUCCCGCAGCGAAGCCGAGUGUAAAGCGCAGUGCAAGCCAGGGAGUUUCUCUCUGAACGGGCUGGAGACCUGUGAGUCCUGCCCGCUGGGACAGUACCAGCCUGGAUUUGGCUCAAGACUCUGCCUGCCUUGCCCAGGGGACACCACGACUGUCAACAGAGGGGCGGUGGACAUAGGAGAAUGCGGAGUCCCAUGCUCAGCCGGACACUUCUCCCGGUCAGGGCUGGUGCCCUGCUACCCCUGCCCACGAGACUACUACCAGCCCGAGGAGGGGCGGUCCUUCUGCCUGUCCUGCCCCUUCUAUGGAACCACCACCAUCUCCGGGGCAACCACCAUCCAGCACUGCUCCAGCUUCGGCUCCAGCUUCCUGCCCAAGGAGGAGAGCAUGACGACCCCCCCAAAAGUCGCCCGUGUGGACUACCAGGCCAGCAGCCAGGUGUUCCACGAGUGCUUCCUCAAUCCCUGUCAGAACAGGGGGACAUGCGAGGAGGUGGGGGCCGGUUACCUGUGCACUUGCCUACCUGGUUUCACAGGAUCGAAGUGCGAGAGCGACAUUGAUGAAUGCGACUCCAUUCCGUGCCAGAACGGUGGGAUCUGCAAGGAUGGCAUGGGGGAUUUUGUGUGCGAGUGCCAGCCUGGCUACGUGGGCUCGCUGUGCGAAGCUGAGGUGAACGAGUGCAGCUCUAACCCCUGCGUGAACGACGGCGUCUGCGUGGACGAGGUUAACCAGUUCACCUGCAGCUGCCUGGAUGGCUACACAGGUGUGUUCUGUGAACUGGAGAUUGAUGAAUGUCUGUCCAGCCCGUGUCUGAACGACGGGGUGUGUAAGGACCUGGCAGGAGGGUACGCCUGCACCUGUGCCCAGGGGUUUGCCGGGGACAGCUGUGAGGUCAAUGUGAAUGAGUGCUCUAGCGCCCCCUGCCUGAACGGAGGCACCUGCUCAGAUGCCGUCAAUGAUUUCAUGUGCCAGUGCCCCAGCGGAUACACAGGCAGGCUGUGUGAGGUGGAUGUGAACGAAUGUGACCCCAGCCCUUGUCUGAACGGAGCCACCUGUGUGGACGGCCAGGGCUCCUUCACCUGCCGGUGCCCUCCUGGGUUCAACGGAACCAGGUGUGAGACAGAGAUGUCCUCCUCCUUCAACCUGGACUUUGAGGUGUCCGGUAUCCAUGGUUUCGUCAUGAUGGAUGGUGUCAUGCCUCCCCUCAAGGAGAUCACUUGCACGUUCUGGAUGAAGUCAUCAGACACCACCAACUAUGGCACGCCCAUCUCAUAUGCGGUGGAGGGUGGAAGUGAUAAUGCCUUCCUGCUGGUGGACUACAAUGGGUGGGUCGUGUACGUGAACGGGAAGGAGAGGAUCACGGACUGCCCGGCGGUCAACAACGGGCGCUGGCACCACAUCGGCGUGACCUGGAGGAGCAGGGACGGGGACUGGAAGGUCUACAUCGACGGGGGGCUCUCGGACGGAGGGAAAGGCUUGUCGGUUGGCACCACUAUCCCAGGCGGAGGGGCGCUAGUUCUGGGGCAAGAUCAGGACCAGAGGGGCGAGGGGUUCAACCCUGUGGAGUCUUUCGUGGGGUCCAUCAGCCAGCUCAACAUCUGGGACCGUGUUCUCACGGCACAGCAAAUCAAAUCACUGGCCACCAGCUGCCCCAAAGACAUUUCCAGAGGCAACGUGUUGGCCUGGUCAGACUUCCUCACUGGGGUCAUUGGGAGGGUGAAGACCACAGCAAGCAGCAUCUUCUGUGCCGACUGCCCCCUGCUGGAGAAUGCCGUCCCUCACCUGCGCGCUCUGAGCCCUGCGGUCAGUCCUGGCUCCCAGGUGCAGCUGUCCUGCGAUCCCGGCUUCUACCUGGAGGGGGAGUCGGUGCAGCAGUGCCUCAACAAGGGGGCGUGGAGCCACCCCCUGCCCCGCUGUGACAGGGUGAACUGUGGCCCUCCUCUACCCCUGGAGUUUGGCCUUUACUUUGGAACUGAUUUUCACGCUGGCAGUUCUGUGACAUACCAAUGUAAUUCCGGCUUCUACCUGCUGGGGGAGGCCAAGAUGCCCUGUGACAAUAGCGGAACCUGGAAAGGGAACCCCCCAGCCUGCCUGGACGUGGAUGAAUGUGCCCUCGGCUCAGACUGCGACACGCACGCUAGGUGCCAGAACACAGACGGCUCCUACACCUGUACCUGCGUGCACCCGUACAGCGGCGACGGCAAGAACUGCACAGAACCAGUGAAAUGUAAGGACCCAGGUUUUCCAGAAUUCGGCCAUCGAGACGGCAGCAACUUCAUAAUGGGAAGUGAGGUGGUCUUCACCUGUGAGGAGGGCUACGAGCUGAUUGGCUCAUCCCACAUCACAUGUUUGGAGUCGGGAACCUGGGAUCUCCCUUUCCCGUACUGCAGAGCCCUAUCCUGUGGCAGCCCCAAAGUCCUGGAAAAUGGAUUCGCGACGGGGAAGAACUUCACUUUCGGAAGCAAGGUGACUUUCAGCUGCAAGAAAGGGUUUGUGCUGAGGGGUCCGGCCGAGAUCCAGUGCCUGGCGAGCCUGAAGUGGAGCACAGCGCCCCCUGUCUGUGAGCCCGUUGCCUGCGGCGAGCCCCCGAUCGUCCAGAACGCAAAUGUCACCCUCACCGGACAGACCUUCCUGUCAACAGCCACCUACACAUGCACCGAGGGGUACAGACUGCAGGGUCCCGCGGAGGUGCUCUGCGAGGCCUCGGGGCAGUGGAGCGGCCGCGCCCCCCUGUGCGCCAGGGUGGACUGCGGGGACCCCCCCGCCCUGAGGGACGCCGCGGCGCUGGGGAGCAACUUCACCCUGGGGAGCCAGGUGCACUACACCUGCAAAGAAGGGUACACUCUGAUUGGUCCUGAGACGCGGGAGUGCCUUCCGAGCGGCGAGUGGAGCGAGAGCUCCGCCCAGUGCGUGCCGCGCUCCUGCGGCCCGCCCCCUCCGAUCCCCCACGCCUUCCCGGAGGCGGGCCACCAGCUGUUCGGCGACACCGCCAUCUACUUCUGCGCCGACGGCUACAUCGCCGCCAACAACUCCAAAGUCCUGUGCGACUCCCGGGGGGUCUGGGUGCCGCCGGAGGGCCAGGAGACGCCCCGCUGCAUCGCCAACUUCUGCCAGCGCCCGCCCGACCUGCCCCACGCCAUCCUGGACUCGGUCAACAAGCCCAAGUACACCAGCAACGCCGAGGUGAGCUACAAGUGCGAGGAAGGCUUCAUGCUCAACACCACGGCGACCCUGAGGUGCACCGUGGGAGGGGCGUGGGCGCCCUCGCCCUUCGACGUCGGCUGCGUGCCCGUGCGCUGCGCCAAGCCCGUGGGCAUCCAGCACGGGUACGUGAGCGGGACCAACUACAACUUUGGGGCGGUGGUGGCCUACAGCUGCGACAAGGGCUUCCUGAUCAGGGGGGAGAAGAGGAGGACCUGCAAGGCCGACGGGGAGUGGGGCGGGACCCUGCCGUCCUGCCAGCCCGUGUCCUGCCAAAACCCGCCCCCCCUGAAGAACGGCUUCAUCGAGACCGAAAGCCUCUUCGUGUUCAACAGCAAGGUAACGUACGCCUGCGAGGCCGGCUUCCGCCUGGCAGGCAAGCCGGAGCGCGUGUGCCAGGCCAAUCGGCAGUGGUCCAACGAAGACCCGCCCUCUUGCGUCCUGCUCACCUGCGAGGCCCCUCCCGCCAUCCCGCACGGGCGCUACAGGGGCUCCCGGUUCCAGGUGGGCCAGAAGGUGGAGUACGUCUGCGACGAGGGGUACGAGCUGACGGGGGACGCCGUCUGGACCUGCCUGAAGUUCGGGAAGUGGGACGCGUCCAGGACGCCCCAGUGCACCCCGGUCCAGUGCCCCGAGCCCCCGCUGGAGGAGAACCACCUGGUGCUCCAGAGCCUGGACUCGGAUUCGGGGACGGUCCAGCUCUCCUGUGAGGACGGCUACGUCCUGCACGGGGCCCGGUACCUCCGCUGCACGCCGAGGCAGGAGUGGAACGACACCUUCCCCGUCUGCAAGCAGGUCUUCUGCGGCCCGCCCCCGGAGGUGUCCUUCGGGGACCCCUCGCCGGCGCCCUCCUACUUCGGGAGCGUGGUCACCUACACCUGCAUGGACGGGUUCACGCUGAGGGCGCGGGGCGCCGUCGCCUGCCAGGCGGACGGCCGCUGGAGCAGCCCCUUCCCGGAGUGCGUCCCGGUGGAGUGCCCCCAGCCCGAGGAGGUGGAGCACGGCAUCGUGGACGUGCAGGGCCUGAUGUACCUGAGCAUGGCCGUGUACGGCUGCCGGCCGGGCUACAGCCUCCGCGGCAACGCCACCGUGCUGUGCGGCCACCGCGGCCGCUGGAUCGGGGGCGCGCCCUCGUGCCAGCCCAUCGAGUGCGGCGCGCCCAGGGAGAUCGCCCACGGCGUGGCGUCCUACGCCAAGCUCCAGUUCGGCCACGCCGUCACCUACUCCUGCCUGCAGGGCUUCCGCCUGGAGGGGCCCGAGACGCUGAGCUGCCUGGCCUCGGGCCAGUGGGACAGGGAGCCCCCCGCCUGCGUCCAGAUCUACUGCACCCCGCCCCGGCCCAUCGACAACGGCUUCGUGGAGGGCCUGGACCACAAGUACGGCGUGACCAUCUUCUACAGCUGCUUCCCCGGGUACCAGCUGAUGGGCCAGAACCACCUGACCUGCGAGGAGACGGGCUGGUCCAGCCCCACGCCCUUCUGCGUGCUGGCCGACUGCGGCCUGCCCCCCCACGUGGACUUCGGGGAUUACGUGAAGGUGCAGGACCCCAGCGGGGAGGCGGGCGUGGUGGGGCCGGGCGGCGGGGCGGCGGACCUGAUGUUCCUGCAGGGCGUGGUGAUCGCGUACCGCUGCCAGGCCGGGUACGAGCUGAGCGCCGCCGCGCCCCUGGCCUGCCAGGAGGACGGCUCCUGGAACGGGACGGCCCCCCAGUGCCUGCCGGCCAGCUGCGGCCCCCCCCCCGGCCCCGAGCACGGCUCGGUGGCCGUUUCGGACGCGGCGUCGGGCGCCCUGGCAGAGUACAGCUGCGAGGAGGGCUACCGGCUGGAGGGCCAGUCCGUGCGCCAGUGCCUCUCGGGGCGGCGGUGGAGCGAGAGCGCGCCCGUCUGCAGGCCCGUGUCCUGCGGGGACCCCGGGGCCCUCGCCAACGGCUCCGUCCUGGGAGACUCCUUCCUGUUCCCCGCCGCGGUGCGCUACGAGUGCGCGGAGGGCUUCCUCCUGCGGGGCAGCGGCGCCAGCGCCUGCCUGGCCGACGGGCGGUGGGACGGCGAGAAGCCGCGGUGCGAGCCCGUGUCCUGCGGGGCCCCCGAAACCCCGGCCGGCGUGGAGGUGGAGGGGGACGAGCACACCUUCAACAGGCAGGUGGCGUACAGCUGCAAGCCCGGCUGGGUGCUGGAGGGGCCCGCCAGCAGCCUGUGCCUGGCCAACGGGAGCUGGAGCCACGCCGGGCCCUCCUGCCAGCCCGCCGUGUGCGGCAGGCCCCCCGUGGUCCUCAACGGCCACUUCCUGGGCUCGGACUUCGGCUACGGCGCCGAGGUGCGGUACGAGUGCGAGGAGGGCCACACCCUGACCGGCAGUCCCCGCCUGGUGUGCGGGGGCAACGGGCUUUGGGACGCCCCGCCCCCGCGGUGCGUCAUCAACACCUGCGACCCGCCGAAAGACAUCAGCCACGGCUACCUGAACAGGAGCAGCUUCAGCUUCCAGGACGUGGUGGAGUACCUGUGCUUCGAGGGCUACCAGGUGGUGGGGAACCCUUUCUUGCGCUGCUCGGCGGCGGGCACCUGGGUGGGCACGGUGCCCGAGUGCCGCCCGUGCGCCUGCGCCCAGCCGGUCCUGAAGUACGGGGCGGUGUUCGGCAGGGAGUACGCCUGCGGGGACCGGGUCCGCUUCCUGUGCGACGGGGGCUACCGGACCCUGGGCCCCACGGAGGCCACCUGCGAGAGGGGCGGGGUCUGGAGCCCGGGCGUGCCCGUCUGCGUGAGGGAGAGGUGUUCCGCCCCGCCCCCCGUAGUGCCCAACGCCGUCCUGCAGGGGGCCAGCGCCACCUCGCCCGACACCGUGACCUACAGCUGCAGGCCGGGCUACCGGAUGAUUGGCUACCCCCACCUCACCUGCACCAGGAGCGGCAGGUGGAGCGAGCCCCACCCCAUGUGCAAGCCCGUGUCCUGCGGCCCCCCUCCGCCCGUCCCUAACGCGCAGAUCAUCGGGAGUGCCUUCACCUUCGGGAGCCAAGUACGCUACAGCUGCGUGAAAGGGUACGAGCUGGAGACGGAGGCGGAGUCUCUGAGUUGCCUGAGCGACGGCAGCUGGUCACCCCAUGCCGUCAGGUGCAGGCCGCGGCCCUGCGCUCUACCCGCCAACCUCACCAAGGUCAUCAUCACAGGGGAGGAAGUCACCCCCAAGGGCAGGACCAUCACCCUGUCCUGUGAGGAGGGGUAUCAGCUGGAGGGGCCCGCCAUGUCUGAAUGCCAGCCUGGCGGCAGCUGGUCUCCACCAUUCUCCUCUGGCACCUGCGUGCCAGUCAGCUGCGGAAAGCCCCUCCCCCUUCACCAUGGCAACGUUGUGGGCGACAGCUUUAACUUUGGUGACUCAGUCAUCUACAAAUGCCUACCUGGGUUCCAGAUUCAGGGUGAUUCCAUAAAGAUCUGCCAAGGAGAUAAGACGUGGAGUGGCUCUCACCCUGUGUGUAAUGCUGUGUCAUGUGGUCCGCCCCCUGCUGUGGAGAAUGCCGUUGCUAUGGCAACAGGUGAAACAUACCAAAGUAAUGUGAGUUACCUGUGCAACUCUGGCCAACAACUGGUUGGCCUUCAGAACCUCACCUGUCUUGCCGACGGAACAUGGAGCCAGCCCGCACCAAAGUGUGAGGCUGCGCAGGUUUGUGAGACCCCCAGAGAGCCACUGAAUGGCAAGAUGCAAGAACACCUCCUGGCCACUGGGGGCGCUGUUGAAUUCCAGUGCGACACGGGCUACACUCUGCAGGGCGAAUCGCUCAUCCACUGCUUGAGCAAUGGCUCCUGGAGCUCUGAAUUCCCCACUUGUGCACCCAAGCCCUGCCCCCCGCCCCCAGGGCAUGAGGAAAUGAGCAGCCACGCAACUCAGGACAAGUUCUUUGUGGGCCAGAGGGUGUCUGUCACCUGUCCGAAGGGCUAUCAGACCCAGGGCGUGGUCACCGUCACCUGCAAGAGUGACCAGACGUGGACCUCCACCAACGCGGCCUGUGAGAGGGUCGCCUGCGGUCCCCCGCUCCACGUGGCCAACGGCGUGGUGCGAGGGGCGGUCUUCCAGUUCGGAGACACGGCCGUGUACUCGUGCUUCGGAGGGUACGGCAUGGCGGGCUCCAGCAGGAGCGUUUGCCUGGAGAACGGCACCUGGACCCCGCCUCCCACCUGCAAAGCUCUGUGCUGGCUCCAGUGUCAGAACGGAGGGGUGUGCCUGAAGCCCAACACCUGCUCCUGUCCCGAAGGCUGGAUGGGCCGACUGUGCGAGGACCCUAUCUGCAUUCUGCCGUGUCUAAACGGGGGUCGCUGCGUGGCUCCGUACCAGUGCGAAUGUCCCACGGGCUGGACAGGGACGCGAUGUCACAGCGCGGUCUGUUCCUCGCCUUGUUUGAAUGGUGGGAGAUGCAUCAGGCCAAACCGAUGUCACUGCAGCCAGGGAUGGAGUGGACACAACUGUUCCAGGAAAAGGAAAUCAGGAUAUUUUCACUUUUAAAACUGAGAUGCUACUCCACAUGAGGUGCUCUUCAGAAUGAUAUUGUAUUCUUGCUGAGGUAGAUAUGGAACAUGAAAAUCAUUGUAAACCAUAAUUUUUUAAAUACUUUUUUUGUAAAAUAAAGCUGUAUUUUUUCAUAUAGAAAAUCAACAGUAUUAAUUAUAUGCUGCUAUAUACUUUUACUUGUAUUAUGUGUAAAAACUAUGAUGCGAUUGUCCAAUGUAUAUGUGUAAACUAUUCUCACAUUUUUAUUAAAGCAUAAAACACAUAUCAACAUCA